AUGCCGUUAUACAACAGCCUGCAAAGAAGCAGUCCAAAACGGUUUCUCCUCCAGGGAGUUCAUAGUUUGACUGUGCAAGCGUUAAAUGGGUGUGGAGAUUCGAGUAAGGGCGCUGUGUUAGCAGGCUGCUCGGUAUAUGGGGUGUGGUCUGUUCCUUUUGAUGCAUAUCAGUCCACAGGGAAUUUGCUUCUGAGGAUAGGUUUAGCAAUGCUGGAGCUAUGGGAAUAUCAGCCUUGUAACACCAACGCCUGUCCGGAGUUAAAAAAGACAACUCCUUGGACGCCUUGGACCCCAGUCAAUAUUUCAGACAACGGUGGCCACUAUGAACAACGUUUCCGAUACACCUGCAAAGCGCGCUUGCCUGACCCAAAUUUACUAGAGGUGGGAAGGCAAAGGAUUGAAAUGCGUUAUUGUUCCAGCGAUGGCACCAGUGGAUGCUCGACAGAUGGAUUGUCAGGGGAUUUCUUGCGUUCUGGACGAUACUCUGCUCAUACCAUCAAUGGUGCCUGGUCACCGUGGUCUCCAUGGUCUCAGUGCAGUCGUGACUGCAGUAGAGGCAUACGGAAUCGCAAACGGGUCUGCAGCAAUCCUGAGCCCAAGUAUGGGGGACUUCCUUGCCUCGGCCCAUCUCUAGAGUACCAGGAAUGCAACAUUUUGCCUUGUCCAGUGGAUGGAGGUUGGUCUUGUUGGUCAUCUUGGUCGAAGUGCUCGGCAACUUGUGGAGGAGGGCAUUACAUGAGAACCCGCUCCUGCACAAACCCAGCACCAGCAUAUGGAGGAGAUAUCUGCCUUGGGCUGCACACGGAAGAAGCGCUCUGCAACACACAGCCGUGUCCAG